AUGGAUGGUGACAACUCCCUGUCUUCUUCAGCUGACGGGGCCCGAAGGAGUGCACUCCGUCAGCCACGAGCGUGUGGAGUCUAUUACGUGCUGCCUUCUGAAAAGUGGAUAAAAAGUGCACAAAAAGGCUUCCAGCGGGCAAAUGCGGAGAUGUUCUGGAAUUUCUUUCAUGAAAGCUUGUUCAAGUGCAUCUACAUGUGA